CGAGGUAGGGUUUCUUUUUUCUUCUUUUCUUUUGGAGGGGAGGAUGCGGUCUCUUUGUGAGAGUGGCUGGGAUCGGCAAUGCGGGCGCUCGUGGUGCUCGCGUUCUUUCUGGGAAUGGCGAGCGCACAAAUCGUCCCGGCGCUCUUCGCAUUUGGCGACUCGCUCGUCGAUUCCGGCAACAACAACAUGCUGCCGACGAUCGCGAGGGCAAAUCAUCCUCCCUAUGGCUACAAUUUCGACAAUCACGCCGCAACUGGGCGAUUUUGCGAUGGAAAGCUCAUCCCCGACUUCCUAGCUUCGCUCUUGGGACUUCCAUUUCCACCUCCAUAUCUCAGCGCUGGUGACAACAUCACUCAAGGUGUGAGCUUCGGAUCCGCCAGCUCGGGGAUUGGUCGAUGGACGGGGCAAGGCUUUGUUCUAUCGUUUGCAAACCAAGUGGAUGGUUUUCGAGAAGUCCAGUCUAGAUUGGUACGCAGGCUUGGACCAAUGCGUGCCAUGAGUCUCAUCUCUCGCUCCAUUUUCUACAUUUGCACUGCCAACAACGAUGUCAACAAUUUCGUUCUUCGUUUCCGGACGGAGCUUCCUAUAGACCUUCGUGACGGAUUGCUGGUGGAAUUUGCUCUCCAGCUCGAGAGGCUGUACCGGUUGGGAGCUCGGAAGUUCGUGGUUGUGAACUUGAGUGCUGUGGGAUGUAUACCAAUGAACCAACGUUUCGGACGUUGCGGUUCAGCUGGCAUGAACGCGGCCUUGUCUUUCAACCUCGGCCUCGCGUCGGUCCUUGACAGCUUGAGAAUUUCCAUGAGAGGAGCUCGCAUUGUCACAGCCAACAUGGAAGGUCUGAUGCUCCAAGUCAAGUCCAAUCCUCGCGCUUACGGAUUUAGCAACACUGUACAAGGAUGCUGCCCGCUCAACCAGCCGUGGAGAUGGUGCUUCGACGGUGGCGAAUUUUGCGAGAAGCCAUCCAACUUUAUGUUCUGGGACAUGGUCCAUCCCUCGCAGGCCUUCAAUAGCAUCGCAGCACACCGAUGGUGGAACGGUACGCUAGAGGAUGUUUAUCCCGUGAACAUUCGUACGCUGGCCUCUAUAUGAUCAUGUACAACCAGCUCAUUGUUUUGUUUUGAUUUUUCUAUGAUCAGCAAGAACGGUACGGUAUAAGAAGUUUACCCGUACGCGAAUCAAA